AGGUAGGUGAGCUCAGUAGUACAAUCAGCCCAUCAAGUGACAGUCUCCUGGAGAUCUCUGUGACCCAAUCCAUCACACACAUCAAAUUCUUUUUUGAGCCCUGUUAAUAUGUUCAGCCUUCAGCAUAUCCCAUGGCAAUGAGUUCCACAAAUUGACAGGGUGUUGAAUGAAAAAAACCACCCAUCUUUAUAUUUGUUUAAAACCUGAUGCUUAUUGAAAAACAAAUAAUACUUGGAAGUCCUUAGCAGGAACUUCAUACUGUCUAUCCACACUUUUGGAAGAGGCAGAUAUUGACGCUGGAGCCUGCCACAAGUCCACUGCUGAUUUUAACAAUUCCUUGUUAAUAAGCAUAGUGGGUCUACUAGGCCUGAGCAUGAGUCAACCAUGUCUAGCAGCUUUUGAGAUUUCUCCUACACUAAUUCCAGUGGGAUGUCAAGGGUCUUGGCCAUACAGUUCUUCAGUUUUGGAAUGCCUUUAAGUCAUCAGUUGGACAAAGUAGAGGGAUUGUCUAUCGGGGAGAAGGACGAAUUAUUACCAGGUUCCUCUACCCCUGCUUGUUACAGCCUCGUCUCUCUUUGGGAAAGGCGAUCUUAUCCUAUAUGAGAAGGAAGAGGAUGUUGGUUUGAGGGCAUGUCACUGCAUAUACCAACUAGCCCAGUAGGGAAGUGACUAAUAAGUAGGAACCAUAGGGCCUACUCUGCCCUUACUGGCUUGAGUGUGGGAACAGAAGUUAUAUCUAGAAGACAGGCCCUCCCCCAACAAGCACUGCUAACCAAAAAAUCCAAUACAGGUGCAUUAGGUAGAGUCCAUGUGGUUAAUCACUUGAUGAACAACAAGGCAGUUAAAGCUUCUCCCAAUUUCAGUCUUUACUGGAAAGUUCAUUUUGCUCCUACAAGUAAUGAAGUAGAACUUUAACCUCUCUCUUUCUUUCUGAUGUGGCCCACAGGCUCUUAGCGGACUGAUGCUAGGGAUUUGUGGAUUGUAGAGCCCAGACCUUCAGAGCAGCAGUCCCACAAGAGUUUUUAUAUCAGAAAGGCCAUAUUGGGUCAGAUCAAAGUCCAUCUAGUCCAGUAUCCUUACAACAGUGGCCAAUGCCAGGUGCUUCAGGGGGAAUGAACAGAACAGGUCAUUGAUAAAAAAGAUAAAUGGUGUAGGGCCAAGAUCAGAUCCCUGCAGGACCCCAUUAAAGAUAUACCCACUUGCUGAUUGCCUGCUUCCAGUUACAUUUUGAGACCUGCUUUAUCACAGGACCUGGUUUUGAGGGAUGUGAAUGGCUCAUAAUGUGGAGGUCAACGCAGCAGUGAUCGAUCCACCAGCUGUCGAUAUAUCACGUCUGCUUAGAUGUGAUAGAUCAAUCUCCAAGCACUCUCUUGUUGACACCGAUUCUCUACCAGGAUGAGAAGAGUAGCUAGCAUCAACGGGAGAGCAGCGCCCAUUAACCUUACCGCACACAAGACACAGCACAGCAGAAGGCUGGACGCAGGGAAGUAGUUUGCAACAUUGGUGGCAUCCAGAGAUGGUUUCUAGAGAAGAAGCAGGGUUAUUGCGUGCUUCAGGUGUGAACCAGAGUUCCCAGGAUAGAUGUGAAGGGAGCGUCUUGAAGAGAUCUCCAUUUCAGCUGAUUAUGAACCAGAUCCAAAGGAAAAAAUCCUCUAUAGAAAAGGGAAAACAUCAGUGCUCACCAAGCACUAGAUUCUUCAAGAGUUUACCCACUGGGAAAUCUACUGGCAAAAGCAAAGCAGAAAGUGAAGGUGUAGAAAUCCAUAAGUCUAAAACAGAUAGUAAGAAUGAGGAGCAAGCUCCUCCUGCAGCAGACAAACCUCCUCAUCUCAUUUCCAAAACAGACACAACAUCUGGUAUAUGGAGAGUUAAGCAAUUCAUGCACAGACUGGGUAGGAAGCCCAACAGGAAGAAUAUGGACCUAAAUAAUUGUGCAUUAGAGGCAACUGAUUUAAUGGAGCUAGUUGCUGUGUUACCUUUUCUACCAGAGCUGGAAGAGCUCAAUCUUUCCUGGAAUGAUUCUAUAGGAAGAGCUCUGAAACCCCUUACUCUUCAGCUCCAUAAUGUGAGCAAGUUAAAAACUCUCCAACUAAACAACUGUGCAUUGACAGAUGAGGAUGUUACUUCUUUAGGUGAUGCACUUGAAACCAUUCCUCACCUUGAAGAACUGGAUUUAUCCUGGAAUAAUAACAUAGGUGGAAAACUAUCCCUCUUGACCAAAAGAUUCCAGAAAGGGUGCAAGAUCAAAAUCUUAAAAUUUACAGAUUGCAGUCUAACAGCAAAAGAUGGAGAAUCUUUAGCUCAGGUUCUAAAUGCCAUCUGUGACCUUGAAGUAUUAGAUCUUUCUAUCAACAGAAACAUUGGCUGCAGUCUGAAGAGUAUUGCUCAGGAAUUGAAAAAUGUGCCAGUUUUGAAAGUAUUAAAUUUGCACAUGUGUGGAUUAAAGAAAGAUGGCCUCCAGUAUUUAGAUGGUGCUUUCCAGUACUUACCAGAACUAAACAAAUUAGACCUAUCAUGCAAUAAAGAGAUUGGUGGAGGGUUUAAGUAUUCAGCAGCUCAUUUGGCCAGUUUUAAAGACCUAGAAAUCCUGGAUCUCCAUCAGUGCUGUGUAACAGAAGAGGACAUGGCAGUUCUCACACAGGUGAUACCUUUACUCUCAAGCCUCAAAGAGCUGAAUUUAUCAUCUAAUAAAAAUAUUGGAAUGUCUUUCAACCACCUAUUCAGCAGGCUUAGAUUUUUACCAAAGUUGAAGUCUGUGGUCAUCAGCAGUUGCUCUUUAGGAGAAGAGUCCUUUGCAUCACUAGCUGAGACUGCCCUUCACCUCCCUGAACUGGAGAUAUUAGACCUUUCUUGGAAUAAAUGCGUUGGUGGGAACCUAAAGCUGCUUUUGGAAGCACUGAAGGUUGCAACAAAGAUUCGAAUGUUGAGACUGAGUAGCUGUAACUUGGUGGAUAAGGAUCUAUCUCUUUUAGCCUUAGAAGCCCAAGCGGGUCAUCUAGCCAAAUUACAGACGCUAGACCUGAGUUAUAAUGACAGGGUUUCUGAUGAAGGAUGGGCCACUUUCUUUCAAGGCUUAAUUGCACUCACAGAACUUUCAGAGUUGGACAUCAGUCUUCGGCCAUCAUCUUGUCAUGACUGUGGAAUGUGGUUCAGCAAGUUAUUAACAGAUUUGUUAAAGCUGCCUGCAUUCAGAGAGAUAGGCAUGCAAAGGUGGGUCCUUUCAGAAUCACAAGAGAAACAACUGGAAAGUUUUAAUCAGGGCAAUAAAAGGAAUGUUCACUUUGAUUAUUGAUGCAGGCCCUGGGUUUCUGGAAAGAUCUUUCCGAGUAGCAUGUGAACUAUGCAUUGUGAGAUUUUUGACUCAGAAAAUAGUCUAUUUUUUACUGGUAAGAUGGUUUUUGUCAUGUCUGAGGGAAUUAUGUGUUUGGGAAUGUUAUUUAAUUGUGAAAUACACAGAUAACUCUAUUUGAUCACAUAUAAGAAAUAUAUGGGUGUGUAAGGAAGCUAUGUCUUUAUUUUAUACACAUCUAUCUGUUUUUAGUAAGCUGUGUUUUAAAUAUAAGCAUCUUCUGCCUCAUUUGUGCUAAUUUAGUGCUGCACAGAUUUUGGUCUUCAGAGGAACCCAUAUAUAUUUGCUGGGGUGGUGGGUGACCCCAUGGCUUGGGGAGGUAAGAUCUCCCAGCCCUGCCCAUUAGAGUCCAUGCUUUCCCCCCACAGUGUGUGUUUGGGUCCAGCUGAAACAAGUUAUAGGAUUGGUGGGGGCUCUUCCUGCUUAUCUGAAGGUCUGCUUCAGCUUCUAGAGCAGCCUUUAUUGCCCCGUACUCAGGCAAUACCUUCUGUGUUGCCUGUCUCAGUAGGUACAGCCAAGGAGUGUAGCCAUUAGCAUGAGGAUCUGAUCCACUGUUCAUUGAAAACAAUGGGAAUCUGUGAAGCAGUAUGUUCCCCAUACCAGCCCUAAGAGUGAAAUUAUGACAGGUUGGCCCAAUCUAUCAAUUAAGCUCCAAAUGGGAGGUUUUGAUUCCUUAGGUUCCACAAAUUAGGAAGAAGCUUACCUGGAAAGGAAGAGGCAGGGCUACUGUAAAGUCAGGAAACUGGUACCCAGGGAAGUUUGUACACCUCCCUGAGGUAAGGGAGAAGCAGCAGCCUGAGAGAAAGGGGUCUAGGGAAGGGGUUUUUAAACUUGAAUCACAGACCUGCCAGGGUGGGCCUGCAACACUUUGUUUACUCUAAA